AUGUCGUCGUCAGACACCCUCAGCCUUAGCCUCGCCACGAUCCCAUCAGAAACGCUGGACCUCAUCUGCUCACACUUCUGCCUUCACUGCAACCGCGCUCACGCCGUCGACGCGCCCCUCGCCCUCAUUGACAAUGCCUUCGGCGACCAAAAGACUCUGUCGGCACUGAGUCGCACGUGCAGAUGCCUCCGCGCACACGCCCAGCCCGUGCUCUUCCACCUCUACCACGCCGCGCUGCCUCACACCAUCGCCGGCGACCGUCGCACGUUCCGCGCCCAGCUCUACAAUGCACGCUGCCAUUUCCGUGAGAAGCGUCUCCUCGCACUCUUCCUGCGCACGCUCCUCGACAGGCAGGAUCUCGCUGCCAGCGUGCGCGCUCUGGCACUAUACCAGGCUCCAUGGACAGGCCUGGUGCAGAUGACGCCCACUGGCAACGCCGGCGUGACCGAGAUGCGACAGCUGCAGAGCGAGCUGAUCGCAGACGUCACGGCGCGGAGCCGCCAGAGGUUACGCGACGACGACAGCGGUGGCGAUGGAGGAGGAUACCUGGCAGCGGGCGACGCCGCCGCCGCCGACCCGGGCGACAGCUCGCUCGAGCUGCUUCAGGACCUGACUGUCGCGCUCUGCGCUCCGUCCUUGGAUCAGCUCCUCAUCGAGCGCAUGAUGCGUCUCGACGAGCUCGCCGACGCGCACAGCGACUGGCGCGCCUGGUCUUAUGACCUGCCGCGCCUCACGUACCUCGCCUUCCCAGGCCUCCGGGCUGGCGGCGAGGAGACGUACUAUUACAAGGAGGCGCGGAACCUCGUGGCCCGAGCGCCGAACCUGCGUGUCCUCGUCGCGCCCGACUGCGAGGCCGAGUCGGAUCACUGGAUGGAGCAGCAGUACAGCGGCGUGCCGUGGGACCUGUCGCUGGCGCACCUCCGCAGGUUGUCCAUCAGCGGCAUCGAGCGCGGGCACCUACGUGCCGUCCUCGCUGGGUGUCCCGUUCUCGAGGACCUCGAGUACUUUUGCGAGGACACGGGGUUCGAGGAUGAUGUGCUGUGCCCCGGACAAGACCUCGCACUGGUGGUCAAGACGCUGCGCCGUCUGUGCUACUCUGUCAUCGGCAGGGAGAACAGUUCGUCCAUCAACGCCGAGCUCAGGAUUUUGGACGAGGAGCACUACCCCUCUUGGGCUGGCUUCCCUGCUCUCCAGACGCUCGAGAUUGAUCGCAUGCUCAUCUAUGGGCCGACUGAAGAGGCAGACAGCGACGACGAUGACAGUGAUGGCGGUGAUACUGAUAGCGACGACGAUAAAGAAGCAAGCAACAGUGACCAGGAGCAGCACCACACAGUCGAGCAAUCUACGUGGCCGAGUACUGCCCAUGAGCCACAAGACAGCCAGAACCCCGGCUCGCGACAGACCAAAAAGGAGCUACGCAAGAUGAGGCAGACGACCCCCGAGGACUUCCUUUCUCGCCUGCCGCCGUCCCUCGAGAUGCUCAGGAUCGGCCACAUCACGUCCUGGCCAGCCAUGUACAGAGAUGCCGUGGCGCUGGCAGACCAGGCGGCGCGCCGCUUCCCUUGCCUGCGGACUCUGCGGCUCGAAGUAGUCGAGAUGCUGCCGCCUCAGGACGAAAUCACAAGUCUCGUCAGCCUCUUUGAGGUGGCUGGCAUUUCUUGCUCCGUCACAGCUGUAGAGCGCCAGGGCCGUGAUUCUCGCGGUCUGCUGCCCCUCCGUCUCGCACAGAGUGGUCCGCAGGUGGUUUUAGACGAAGUCGAGGCCCGGGACAACGUCAACACGAACCGCACAUGA